GUUUAUAGAUCUGAUGACGAUACCGGAAAGACGAAGAGGGAGAAACCUACCCCAGACCCAGCAACCAUUAUUAGAAAUCUUGAUCGGUUCGCUGAAAAAUGGCAACACAUCUCCGAUACACAACUGACAGACGAUCCUCUUUUGCGGGAGUCCUUUCAAGAACAAGUGCAAAAUUUAAGACAGCAUAUUAAUGAAGGCUGUCUUUCGGGAAUUCCCCCGGGAUACUCAACAAGUAUUAAUGAAUGUCUCCACGAAAAAAUAAACGAUUUAUUCGCCGGAGCUAAGAUGGGGCCGGAGUUGGCUGUGGCACUUCUCACCGUAUUUUUCUUUUCAUGGAAUUCCAGAAGAAAGAACAAGAUAAAUGGUGUUCCAGUUGUGGUGCCAUUAUCUCAACAAACUCACAAGUCCACACAAUCAGAAGAGACAUUCGGAAUUGGGAAAACGGCUAAAAAAGGGAACGAUGAUAUUAACGUCUCUGGAAAUUUAGAAGAACCACAAGGCCCAAUUCGACGCGCAUUGUCGAUGCUUUCCUUUUUAAACACAGUAAAUACGAAAGCCAACAGAAGAUGUGACAUUAACUUGUACCAGUUAUUUUUUGAAGCUGACAUUGUUAAGUACAUGCUGAAAAAUUCUGGAGGAGGAAAUUUGGAGCCCGAUAAAAGUCGCAGCGUUGUAGCCACAGUCGCUGAACAAUUUGGAAUGGAAUUACACCCUAUGCCAAGAGAUGGCGAUUGCUUUUUUAAGGCUAUGGGAUUUAAUGUUUUAAACGUUGGAUCCCAUAGUGCUCUUAAGAACCAUUUUACAUCACUCGGACUGAUUCAAAUUGAUAACAUCGAAGAAAUGGCAAUAAAGCUAAGGGCUAUGAUGGUGCAUGAACUUGUUUAUAACAAAGAAAAGUAUGUUGACUUUGUACAGGAAUACGGAAUGCAAGAAUGGGAAGAGCGUGUUAAACAAUUUCUUCAGCCAGGAGUGUUUUCGGGUGAAGUGGGUGAUUUGAUGGUUAAGGCGACUGUAAAUGUGCUAAAGAUACCUUUGAUUCUUUUAACAUCGAUUGAAAAUUAUCCGGUUAUAAAUGUCACUCCCGAUGAAUUCGCUGAGGGAUGCAGUGAUUUCUGUCUGUUCGCAGCGUAUAGCCGAGAGGGACCGGGACACUACGAUGCUCUUUUUGAAAAUCAACAAAGAAUGGAAACCGUCGAGGAAGUAUCCGCGAAGCCCACACAAAGGUGUACAUGUGGGAUGAAUAGCAAAGAAGUGAAAAAUGUUUGCUGCAAACGACAAGCGGGUGGUAGUCGCCAGUAUGCCUCCCGUUGCCCAUGUCUAAAAGUAAAGCAAUCGUGUGGAGAAAACUGCAAGUGUAACGGUUGCGAUAACCCCUACGGGAAGAAAACUAGUAUUGGAAAGAGCACCAAACGGAAACGAAGCAAAGACCAAUUUGGGGGAGAAAGAAAAAGAGGUCUUCAAUUUAUGAUUGAUAACGAUGAAUCUGUCAGUGAUGGCAAAUGGACAGAUGAAGAAAAUUUAAUCUUGCUUCAGCAUGUCAUGGGCCAGCCCGAAGUUCUAGAGAAAAACAUUCCAAAGCAACUAGUCACUAAACUAACCAAUGCCUACAACAAAAGCGCUAAU